AUGGCAGCCCAAUUCACAAGUAAGCCCAAGAUUGUCAACUCAAACUCAAAUCUUCUGCCCUUUGCACCUUUCAGUCUCUUUCAAGCAGUUGGAAAUCAAGUUGAAGAGGGGGCGUGUCGUCUCCACAUGGUGCCACGUGUACCUAUCAUCAAUGCUCUGCUCACAAAUAUCCGUGAUGUUUAUCUUUAG